CGAGUAUUGACGCCGUAGCAUUGACCCACGGAGUACAAUAAAUAACCAAAUGAAGUUCACAAUAGCGUUGAUGGAACCUGCAAGUCGGAUAUUAUGUCUCACAACAUCCCCAAAAGGUAACAGUCCCACAAACACCCACAUUUAUUGGGGAUCCUAGGGGUUUCCGUGAACAGUAGGCUGUGGACUUGUACUAAACAAUAGCCCGAUGCUGUGGCCCACCACAAGUGGCUAAAAGACGUUGUGGAUGAUUUGUUAUAGGUAUUUUAAACCAUCCAGUGCUCCUUGACUUUGAAUUUGUACCUUCACCUGCACUUGAUUACUAGCCUACAAAGCUAACCACAGAAUAUCGCUGUAAUGUCGAUCGACGCUGAACAUCAGAACCCAGCACAAACCGCCUCAACUGCCGCAACCUCAGACCCGAAGGGUAAAGGCAAGGAGAAAGACAUCGAUCCUUCUGCUCAUCAGGACGUGUCCGACUCUGAAAAAUCUGGGGGUGAUACGUGGGCCGGGUACCCUUUCGAACGAUUCCCUUCGCCACCAGGCGACAAAUCUUGCGAUGCACGUGUCCCAGAUACUACUGCUUCGCUCGACCCGCCUCUCAUGGCAUUCACCUACCCCCCUCCACCUCCUCUCGCCAACGACCCUACGUGGUUUGCACAGAUGGUCUCCGACGUUCAUCGCAACCGUGCUUAUGUCAACAAGGAACUCGAGCUUGCACGAACAGAGGCUGCUGAAGCUCUGGCCGAUGCCACUCUUGCAGACGCCGAGCUCAAGGCUGAGAGGGAUAAAAUGCAGAAUUUCUUGAACCGCCUGGGAUCUGUCGCUGGGAAGAACUUUGUGCGCAAGGUGAUUAGGAAAGUCGAGCAGUCGCUGGAGGCCCAUAGUGACGGCUCGGACAACGAAGAUGAAGAGGAACUACAAGACGUAGAUGAUGAGGAUUCGAACGGCAGUGACGAGGGCGAAAUGGAUCGUCAAGAUGCGGAAGAGGAGGAUUUUGGCAGCGGUGCUAGCGAGCGUGAGGAGGGCCCGCAAGACGAAAAAUAUAGCGAUGACAAUGGUUCUCGCACAAGAUCCCAGUCUCCACCCGCGAGCUGCAGCCCAAACCACCCUCAACAGUACCUGCAUGAGUCUUUUAGCGCUAGCGAAGCCAAUCCUUGGGAAAGCUCUGAGCCUCUUCCCGCAGAUGAGGGUCUUACUUCCUCUCCAGAGGGGAUUUCGCGCCAGCUAAGUAGCCCCAAUUGGGGUCGGGGGGACGUCACAGACGAUGAGUAUUCCAGCGGCGAAGAUAACACAUCAAGGAAAUGGACUGCUCUUACGCCCGCGCAUAAGAGCUGCAAACGACAACUUCGGGUUGAAGAAGAUGAGACCAACAGCCAGGACUCACCUCGGAAAAAAUUCAAGGAAACCCCUGCAUCGCCGCCUGAAGUGGUCAAAAAAUUUCCAGUUCCCACACGAUGCUUCUAUCCCCCAGAGAACAAGCCGGUCAACACAGUCGAACAAGACCAUGAUACAGAUGAGGAGUACGAGGUGGAGAAUUCUCUUACUCUAGAACAUGAACCUGUACUACCAACGCCUUAUUUGCCUCGACUAAACCCAUUGGAGAGGGACCCGUACAGGGUGCGCCAAAAUUCGCGGGGGGAGCCCGAGCUUUAUGUUCCCGGCAGAUGCGCCAUCGAACUCCCUUAGAGGUAGAUUAUCGAUUAUUAUACCAUUACUAUACCAUUAUUCCUUCGUUUCACCACUCCAGUACUUACUUCGCUUGGCUACAUCCUUAUACCUUGAUCGUAAUUUUCUGUAGUGCGCUGCCAAUGGCCUCCAUAACCCACGACUGCGAAAGUAUCAUUGAAGGAUAAUCGCGAGAGGGAACUAGCAAUUACUGACGAAGACCAUGUUGGUCAAUAAAGAUAUUUACACACACCACCGGACCUAGUUUUGCAGCCAGGUCACUUUGUGUUAUUGGUCUGAAUAAAUAAGCAGUACUGGGAAGCAGAUGGAAGACGUGUGGAAGGGCGGCCGAC